GCAGGACCAAGCACUGCAUCAUGGCAGAGCAUGGGGCUGUUGGGAAGUGUCCUGAGGCUGCCUCUCAGACCUGUCCCACUCACCACCUGACUCAGAUACGUCCCUGCCCCAUCUGGGUCUUGGUUUUCUUGUCUGUGAACUAAGGGGACUGGUGGAUUGUCUUUCUGGACUAUGCCUAACGCCUGCCCUCGUCUCAUCCCACACAGAAACCGUCUAGCCCACAGCCUCACCUUCUCCUGGAGGAACCUAGCUCUCCUGCUGCUUCUCACCCUCUCUUGGGAGCAGAUGUCUGCGACGCUGGUCAACAAAAUCAAACAGAAACCAGGAGAGUGCCCCGAAGAGAGACUCACCUGUGAAACUAAUCUUCUAGACUCAUGUAAAACAGAUUACAACUGCCCGGACUACCUGAAGUGCUGCUCUUUUGCCUGUAGGAAGAGGUGCAUGGAUCCCUACCAAGAACCCUGCAUGCUCCCCUCUGAUCAGGGAAACUGUACGGAUAGGUUGGAGCGCUAUUACUACGACUCUCAAUGGCAGUUCUGCCUUACCUUUAUGUAUACGGGCUGUCAUGGGAACUCCAACAACUUCUUCAGCAGGGACGACUGCCUGAAGGCCUGCUCAUUAGCCGUCAAGAAGGGACAGUGCCCACGCUUCCCUUACAAGUUCCGUAUGGAGUGUCCAUUUAAGUGUAAGAGUGACAUCGAUUGCCCUGGAAGACAAAAAUGUUGUGACUCCAAGUGUGGCUUUGUUUGCUCCGUGGCCUGGAUAGUCAAAACAGGUGUGUGCCCACGUAAGCCCUUGGUAUGUGUCAAGAUUGAUAAACCCAAGUGCCUGCAGGAUUAUGAUUGUCCAUUGCUGGAGAAGUGCUGCUCACGCUGUGGGCUGAAAUGCCUGGACCCCAGAAGCUGAAAACCUCCAAAAUAAUGUUGAAAAUAAAGACAAUGGCAUCUAUUUCUGUCUAGUUCCUUAUUUUGAAGUCAAUGGCUCCUGCUGGAUUAAAAA